GAAAUCAAACCAACGAAAAAUGAUGUCAUAUUUCACGAAGAAAUAAAAUUGUUCAAAUUAUUGUCACUCGUUCGGGUUGCUUAUAUUUCUUUUCAUUUUAUGUGAAAGCAAUUAAUUAUAUUUUUUCUUUACUCAAAGGGAAUAUUUUUUAAAAUACUUUACUAUGGUUGGCAUCAAAGGAAUGAAGAAACAUAUGAUACGUGCUCGGGUAAAGGCGUGAGGUUAGGAAUGAUGUUUGAAUGGUGAGAAGUGUUAAAGGUAUUUGUGGUAAUAGAAAAUCACUUCGUGUACGUAAUGUGUUAAAGCACGCAUUACGAUAAUCCUGUUGUGCAGUAUUGCCACUGGUAGUAAUUGUUCAUUGCUGUUUGUUGGUUUGUGUUUCGUUUGUCCUAAAGAAUCCAUGCAAUGGCUGUAGCUCAGUUAGAAAUACGCUUUAUUACUAAACAACAGCAGUAUGCUGUACCUGACACUCCGUUUUCUGUGGCUGCACAUAUUUCAUGCAUAGAGCUGAAUUCUUUAUUGAAUGAGUUAUUAAAAGAAAGCAGACUUGAUGGCAAAUGGCAAUCAGUAGAAUUUGAUUUUCUGGUUCUCAAUGAAUUCCUCAGAGUUCCUCUGUUGGAACAUUUGGAGGAGCGUUCUAUACCCAGUGAAGGAACUAUUGAUGUGGAAUAUGUAGAACGUCAUCCUGCUCCUGAACCACAAGAUUGUCUUUUGCAUGAUGAUUGGGUAUCAGCCGUACAAGUGAAAGAUAAAUGGAUUUUAACUGGAUGUUACGAUAACACCCUCCAUUUAUGGUCAACGAAAGGGAAACACAGUCUCACAAUACCAGUGAUGGCCAAGUUGCAACAUUUUGCUUCUCAUGAUCAAACUGCUAUGCUUUGGGAAUGGAAUAUUACCAGCAAUGCUGUUGAGUGUGUACAUGUAUGUAGGGGUCAUGAGCGAGGACUGGAGUGCGUAGGUGUUAGUCCUAAUGGUCAUUUAAUGGCAACUGCCAUACAUGAAUCAUCCAGUGAAGAGCAAGACGAAACCUCAGCAAAGAGGAUAAAAAUGGAACAUGGAAAAUCACAAGUUCGUACACCAUUGCUGACAGUGAAAGGACACAAAGAAGCUGUAUCUGCUGCAAUUUGGACUGAUGUGAAUGAGAUCUGCACAGCAUCAUGGGAUCACACCUUGAGAUUAUGGGAUGCUGAACUUGGUGGCCUCAAACAUGAAAUUGUAGGCAACAAAUCUUUUUUUGACGCUGAUUGGUCACCACUUAAUAGAACAGUUGUAACUGCUUCAGCUGAUCGACAUGUUCGUCUCUACGAUCCCAGAUCACGAGAAGGAUCGCUUGUAAAAAGUACUUUCACAUCACAUACUCAGUGGGUUCAGUCUGUACGAUGGUCCACUACUGAAGAAAAUUUGUUUAUAUCCGCUUCCUAUGACCAGCAAGUAAAACUCUGGGAUUCCAGAAGUCCUAAGGCUCCACUCUAUGAUUUGAGUGGCCAUGAAGAUAAAGUUCUUUGUUGUGAUUGGUCCAAGCCAGAACUAAUGGUGUCUGGUGGUGCUGAUAAUACUUUGCGAAUCUUCAAAGCCAAAACCUCGAGCAAUAAGUAAAAUUAAGUAUGAAGAACUGUUGACCAUUGUAAUCAGUGACUUCUAUCUCUUAAUCUAAUUUGAAAUGGCAUUUGUAACAUUACUUCCAGGUGCUCAAUACUUUUUAGCACAUCUCUGAGCAAAGUAAUAAUAUUGUUUAAAAAAAGCAUUUAGUUUUUCUUUAGAUAAUGAAAUAUUAUUCUUAAACACAAGAUAUUUUUGAGAAUAUGCAAGUCAUGUUACAGAAGCCUAUCAAUGUGUGUCACAUUCUGGAAUUCAGUAGAGGUAUUCAUUCCAUCUCUCAAAGCUCAAUAAUAAUCUUCAUACAGUUGCAGUAGUAAAUGUUGCAUUUGUCACUUUUCAAUAUUCAUUCUGAUAAACAUCUAAACUACUGUAUAUCUUUGUCUGGAAUAAACAUCUCGUGUAUCAAUUUUUUCACCAUUCAACCUGUAGCUUCCAGGAUGUAAUGAAAUGCACCAAGUCUGUCUUAGGUUCAGCACUUCGAUUUAAUAAAAGGAAAAUGGAAAUGUGUAGAAUUCUGUUAAUGUUUCAUGCAAGUCAGCGAAGUUGAAUUUCAAAUAAAUUAAAGAAUGUAUCUGUUUUGUUAAGAACUUGUAUUGUUAAUAAAUUUCCCAUUUACAAUCCUUUAUCUAUACAUGAAACUCAUAUUAUAUCACUAGAGCAUAACCACUCAUGCAUAAUAUACUGUGAUAUUUGUUAUUUAUUUUAUUAGAAAAAAUGAGUGUAAUAUUCUUAACAUCAAGAGUUUCAUACUUCCAUACUUCACAAAAUAAUUCAAGUGUUGAUUUAAAUAUCGAGAGUUAUUAACAGAUUAAAGUGGAUUCUAUAAGGUUUCUUAAUUGUUCAAUACAUUAAUAUUGCAUUUAUUUUAAUUGUAAGUUGUUAUAUAUCUUGCAGUUGGACUCUCCUUGAUAUUGUUUAAGCUUUCUGAAACCAGAUAAAACUACUAGUAUAUGAAAAUAAAUUUGACAAACGACACCUUUUCAAAAAUAUUUGCAGAAAAACAAGUGGAUGUUAGUGUUAAUAAAUUAUAUUAAUUUAUAGAUUAAUUUCAUAACAAGUUAUGAAAUUAGCUAGCAAAAUCAUGGUUUUUGUUUUACACCCCCUCCCCCCUAAGAUUUGGUUUUGUUAAUUUACCAUUACUUAACGUACUUCAGCUAGAGCAGUUAAAAACUGUACUCUUAAGACAAAGUUUGUUAAUUUAUCAUAUUUUUCUUGUAAUUUCUUGAGUGGGUGUGAAACCUGUGAAAUCUUUGUAAAGAUUCGAUUAACGUUUAUUUACUAUUAUGAACCAAGGGCCCUUUAAUUUCUGUUUUUCACAAUAUCUUGACGAUGAUUUUUCAUUCAAUGAGAAACAUUUCAACCUGUCUUUAAUAUAAGAUUAGUUUGGAGAAUACUGCAUGGGAAUAAAUGUAGAAACAAUAUGAGAUUGCUGUUUCAUUUCAGAUAAAGUGUAAUCUCUUUUUCUAAUCAAAUAAGAAUAGAGCAUUUUCAAAACAGUAAUAGAAAUUAGGAGGGAAAAAGGAAGUUUCUCUAAUACAUUUUAUGAAUUGGGAAUACUGGAAUGUUUGUAAUAAUAUUAUGUACAUAGAAGCACCUUCAUUUUUUUUUUCUUUUACUAUCUUGUAUAUAACUAUUGUGAAAGUAUAGUAAUGCUGCAAGAAACUGGUGG